AUGCUUAGAAGUCGGAUCGUAUUUCAAGUCCUUCGCCAAUGUGGAAGAAAAGGUUAUUUUGAUAAUGCUAGAGUUAUCACCUGCCCCAGAAAGUACCUUAUAAAUUGCUAUAGAGAACAAAGUACAGUAACAAUUGAAGAAAGCUAUGUAAAAAAAUUCAUGAAGGCAGUAGGAUGGAUGGACAAAGAACGAACUCGACUUAAACUAACUGGAUUCUUUUUGUACGAGUCGGUGCCUGAGAGAAUAGAUUAUCAACAAUGGUUUGAAGUACUAGAGCUUCCGGAUACUUUUGCCUCAUGGUUCAUAGUGACCGAACUUCAUGUUUGGUUACUACUAGUACGGUACAUGGCACAAGAUGUCCAAAUCAUUGGUGAAAAGAAAAAAUAUCUCAAAGGAGAUGGACACUUUGUUAGAAAUUGUAUCAUAGAAGCAUUAUGGGCUGAUGUUGCCAAUAGGAUAAAGUUAUUAGAGGGUGCUAAUCCAACCAUUGCUAGAAAACAAGUAACAGAAAUAUCAGAACAGUUUCAAGCCGCACUUGUAGGUUACGAUGAAGGUCUAAAUGAUGACAGGGUGCUUGCAGCAGCUGUAUGGAGGAGGUUUUACUCACUAUCUGAGGAUACUCCACCCAAACAUGUCGAAAAGAUUGUUCAUUUUAUAAGACAUCAGAUGUCUCUCCUAGACAGGAUACCAAGUGAUGAUUUGAAAUGGAAGCCACAAAUAACUUGGCUAAGUAUCAGUGAUCAAUAA